AUGGUUGUUUACGUUCUCCACGGGUUUCGCUGGCCGCGAGUCGGCACCUUCAAUGCACCCGGAAUCCGUGCGCACAUCGUUUCCUACAACCUCCUCGACGCGGCGGCCGAAUAUCUCCAAGAACCCGGCACUUCGCGUGCGAUCCUCCAAUCAUUCAAACGCAUUGACCCCAAUAUACCCUACCACCUGCCCGGGCUGCAGCUAAUCGAGCAAUACGACCCCAGCGAUCUGAGUGAUGCUGCGCUUAGUCAACCAUACGUAUUUGUUGCCGCCAAGGUGAUCACAAUGCCCGACGAGGAACAGCCCGGCCGCCUGUUGAGCUUGAAUAUCAGCGAGAUGAUCGACAAGGGACCGGAGCUUUCGCCGGGGGGGCCAGAAGCACUGAGGCGGCUCAGAGAUUUCUUGGCUCCAGAAGAGAAAAUCGGGUGGUGGGUUGUGUAUAAUGGAGACCCGGAGAGGCCGUACCCCAAAACGUCUGGUGAUGACGAUGAUGAUGAUGAUGAUGAAGAUGGGUCAGAAAAUGUAGAGAAAGAGGUGGAUGGCGAAGAGGAAACGUCUGGAGAAGAGGCCACAUGA